GGAGGAGGGGGCACUUCCUUCGAUGACGUCAGAUGGAGAAUUUAAAAGGGGACUUAGGAGAUCCCCAGAGCAGAAGCAGCAGAAGGCACAGCAGGUUCCUCAGCACUGAUAUCUCUGUCUGCCCAGCUUGGAGAAGUUCUAGCAAACAUGCAGUCCUGCCGUAUGCGCUGUGCCCUCACCAUCCUCUCACUGGCCCUGGCAGUGAGCUCCAUCUCAUCUGCUCCCACAGACCCGAGACUUCGCCAGUUCCUGCAGAAAUCACUGGCAGCGGCAGGGAAACAGGUAAGGACCCCUGAUCCAAAAUCCAAGAUGUUUAUGUGAAGGAUCUAGUGCUGGGGUGCCCAAAAGAUAGAUCUCCGGAUGUCGUAGAACUACAACUCCCAUGGUGCUUUGUAUGCCUUUAGAAUGCUUUAGAAUGACAAAGCACCACGAAAGCUGUAGUUUUAAAAUAUCUGGGAAUAUACCUUUUGGGCACCCCUGGUCUACUAGGACUUGGGAUAGUUUCGAUUUAAUGCUAGAUCUUUAGCGCAAUGUAUUCACAAACCUUCCAAGGGCAAGUGGUCUCAAUCGAUUUAAAUUUAUUCAGAAAUCAUGGUUGAUUAUUCCCAUAUGAACUAUGGUAUAAAGGCACGCUAAGGGAUAGUUGUUAAUUGUAUCUUAUCCUGGGGUAAUUCCAUGCUGGAAUGUCUAGUCUAGAUGUUCUGCACAGAUGCCACGAAGUAUCUGCUUAAACAAGUUUCCAACGUUCUAAACGAAAAUCUUGUGGAUUAAAUUAUUGAAGGGAAACAUCUAUUUGAGCAGCAGAUAGAACCAUUUCUUAAUCUGGUCUUCCCAUUAUAAUUUAAACCAUUUAAUACGAUUUCGAUCAUUUGCUUUUCCACCUGCAGUGGACUACCACUCUCAUUCAAGGUCAGUUAGCCAUAGAAUUCAUGGUGUCUACCAGUUGUUGGUAUGUUAACAAUCAUCAAGUAAUCUCGCCAUUCCAAAUACUUUGAGCAGGGUUUGAGAAAUCAGUUAUCCUUUCUGCAAUGUAAUUGUAUCUUGGUGCUGUCUAAGGUGCUGAAACCGCAUGCACCCUUUCUAUUCAUUAUUUAACAGUAGUAUCCAAGUGGCACAUUUGUAGCCAAGUUAUCAUGUGAGUGUGCAUUGGGGAAAAAAGUAUAAUUAUCUAAAUAUUUAACAGAUCCAAAUGUUACUUUAUUUUAGCAACAUGAAAAUCAUCGUAUUUUAAGAACAACUAAUAUAAGAAUAAAAACAACGUUUUCAUGAAGUAGUAAAUACAUAGUUGAAAAAAAAAGUUUAGCUGUAAAUAAAUAUUGCAUGCAUGUUUUAAUUCUCAUUUUACAUACGAUCCAGUACACAUUGGUGUGCUAAUAACCAACUAAAUCCUACAGUGUAACCAUUGCUUGCAAUGCAUGUGAGACCUGUAACAGUAACCCUAGUACCUGCUAUGUUGGCCAAUAGUUUUCUCAUAGCACCCAUAGUAAUCAGAGAAGGCAUCCACUGCAGGAAGUUCAGUGAGUUCUAUGAUGUUGCCAGAUGUGUUGCCUGGAUGUUUUAGUAAGCUGGAGUGGUCCUGAUGCUGUUUGUUUGUUUGUUGUGUGGAAUUGAAAACUUGUUUGAUAGUUCCAUUCUAGCUCACGUUCUCCCAUUCCCCUGCUUUUAGGAGCUAGCCAAGUAUUUCCUGGCAGAAUUGCUAUCAGAGCCUUCCCUGACAGACAAUGAAGCGUUGGAAUCAGAGGAUCUGCCCAGAGGUGCUGAACAGGAUGAAGUGAGAUUGGAACUAGAACGAUCUGCAAACUCCAGUCCAGCCUUGGCCCCCAGAGAACGCAAAGCUGGAUGCAAAAACUUCUUCUGGAAAACCUUCACGUCCUGUUAGCUUCCACCUCUCCCUUCCCUCUGAUCCGAUAUUUUCCUACUCCCUCUAUCCCAAGCAAAGCCUUCACUGCAGGAGCCGGAGACUGUAAAUACCACACACAGUUAUGGUGAAUAAAAGAUAUUGAUUUGGAGUUGUUUAAUAAAACUUUUAGUUGAAAUUGUACAUGAUUUGCUUGGGUUGUGAUUUUUCGAUAGUUCUUAUGAUAUGCACUCUGCCAUUCACACAGAUGUACUAUUUUUAAUUAUUUGUUGCAAUAAAGUUUGUUUCAAACUCUACAUGUUAGCCGUGAUCUUUGAGAAGAAACAUCUCUAUUUAAUGUGCAGAGAAGAAGG